AUGUCCUCCGUGACGACAUUUGGCGCUGAAUCGCAACCGAUCCGCAUCGCCAUCUUGCUCAACUCAUAUCGUUCCCGUCUACUUCCCGCCAUCAGGGCCUCCUACGAACGAACCAUCAGUGCCGUCGCCCCAGAUGCUAGGUUGGCCUUCUACGAGCCCGCCAACAAGAGCGGCCAAUUUCCCGACCCAGCCUUCUUUGAUCUAAUAGUAUUCGGCGGGUCCAACGUCGACCCGCGCAAAUCCCAUCAAUGGAUCCUUGACGUGCAUGAAUACCUUCGCCGUCUUGUAACCCAGUACCCCGAGAAGAAAGUCUUGGGUAUCUGCUGGGGCCACCAGACCAUCUCGCGUGUCUUCGGCGGCAAGGUUGUCGAUGCCGCGCACCCGGAAAUGGGUGUAGCCACCAUAAACCUCACGGAGGCGGGAAGACAGUUCUUCCCCGAAGCGGCCUCCCUAGGUUCCUUCAAGCUGCAGCAGCACCACCGGCGCGAGGUCGCCGUGGCGCCGCCAGACUUUGUACAGUUAGCUCACGGUAACCAGUGCCUGCUAAGCGAGAACAACAUGAUAUUAACAUUCCAGGGUCAUCCUGAAAAGGAUGCCGAAACGGCUCGCCUGCGUCUACACGACUCGAUGCGGUGGUUCGGAUUUGAUGCCUCGCUAGAUGAGAAGGCUUGGACCAAGCUCCAGGAAAUGGUGAAUAUGGAACAUGACGGCCCCGCCGUCUGGAAACGUAUUUUCGAAUGGCUCAAGGAGCCGCCGGUCCCAGGGACCGGAGUUUCAGAUAAAGUAAGCAAGAUAUAA